AACUACGGGUUGUUCCUGAUGUGUCGUUGCCUCGUUGGGGUCGGAGAGGCCAGUUACUCCACUAUAGCGCCCACCAUUAUCUCUGAUCUCUUCGUCAAGGACCUACGCUCCAAGAUGUUGGCUGUCUUCUACUUUGCCAUCCCCGUCGGCAGUGGCCUUGGUUACAUCAUCGGCGCCGAGGUGACCAACCUAGUGUCAGCCAGCAGUGGUCACCCCGAGGCCUGGCGGUGGGGGCUAAGGGUCACGCCGGUCAUGGGUCUGGUGGCUGUGUUCCUCAUCCUGUUCCUCCUAGAAGAGCCGCCUCGAGGGGAGUGUGAGGGCGGGCAGCAUCUACAACCUACCUCAUUUGCUAGUGAUCUCAAAUACCUCUUUACCAAUAAGAGUUUUGUCCUGUCAACCUUAGCCUUCACCUGCGUUACGUUCGUGGCCGGAGCUUUAGCCUGGUGGGGGCCCAUCUUCACCAUGCUUGGAGUGAAGGUUCAAGAUCACCCCAACGUAAAGAAAGACGAUGUUGCGUUCGUCUUCGGAGCCAUCGCCAUGACCGCCGGGCUCGUUGGUGUGCCACUCGGUUCCUUCGCUGGACAGAAGCUUCGGAUCAGAUUACCCUAUGCCGAUCCUGUAGUGUGUGGUGUUGGCCUCCUGCUCUCCGUCCCGUUCAUCCUCGGGGCGAUGGUUCUAGCGGAGAACAACACCAUUGGCUCGUUCGUCGUCGUUUUCUUCGGGCAGAUCUUCAUUAACCUUAAUUGGGCCGUCGUGUCUGAUAUAGUUUUGUAUAUCGUAAUCCCCACAAGAAGAUCAUCUGCCGAGGCAUUCCAGAUUCUCUUUUCACACGCCCUGGGUGAUGCCGGCAGCCCUUACCUCAUUGGUGUGGUGGCUGAUGCUUUUAAGCCAUACAUCGAAGUACCGAACAUCACCACUACGACCGUCGCACCGUUCACAAGUACAACGCAGAUGACUUUAUUUAGCGAGACUACUGAUAUAUUUAAUACUACUACAGAAAUUAGUCCUUCCAUGUGGCCUGUAGUUCCUUCUAACGAUGAUUAUGUAGAAUUUAAGUCGAAGCAGUACGCAAUGUUUAUGUGUGCGGUAGUCAACGUGAUGGGUGCCAUUUUCUUCUUCUGGAACUCUUGUUAUAUAGCGGCAGACAAGGAGAGAUGUGACCGGGCUAUAGCAGGAGAGGUGGACGACGAGGGCAGUGCCAGCAGCAGCAGGAGUCUCAGUACCCCAGAUGACCCAGAUGUUGAACAGUCCCAGAACCUCCUCACUUGAAAUAGGAAUCUUGUCAUAGCUCUGCAGUUAUUAGUCUGUCCCGCAUUUACAAGACGUUGUUCGACCGACCAGUGGGGGAUACGGAAGCGUCGUGUGGGCAGUUUGUCCGGCGUGACGUGGUGACGAUACACCAGAUUAUUUUUUUAAGUGUUGUUGAUCAGCUGACGAUUGUUGUAUCGAUGGCGAGCGUUUGUACAACAUGACGCAGUACCGUACAAUGUAAUCUAAAGUGUCGAUAGUUUGUACAAUGUGACACUGUCUGUACAAUGUGACACAGUUCUGUACAAUGUGACACAGUACUGUACAAUGUGACACAGUUCUGUACAAUGUGACACAGUACUGUACAAUGUGACACAGUACUGUACAAUGUGAAACAAUUCUGUACAGCAAACUAAGUCUCAACAAUUUGUACAACAGAACACAGAGACUUGUACACCACAUCAUAUUUUCUUAAGGUUAUAUUUAUUAAUAAUGAUUCAGAAACACCAAGAACUGGAGCAGGUGACUUGUCCUACCACAGAGGAACUGAAGGAAUAAACUUCACCUCAGUAAAUAGGAUAAAAAAAAAGAAACACAAAUAAACCAAAUUUCUCAAAUAUUUACAACAUUGCUUAGAUUUCAUUUGGGAUUUUCUAAACUAUUGGAUUAGGUACAUGAAGAUUAUAUUAGUCUCAUGAGUUGGUUUUAGUGAUGUAUUAAAAGGUUAAAUAUUUUGUACGAUAUUAAAUCAUCCCUUAAGCCUUAAAGAAUGUACAGUACAUGGGAUUGAAGGCCAUAGUGAGGGAGUACUUCCACGAACAUGAACUAUCGCGUGAUGAACGUCCCCCUGAAAACACGGCUUAGGACUCUUCCUCUCUAAGUCCCAGUUGUGUGUUUAUUGUACGGUGACGUCUCCACACACUUGACCCACUAGAUAAUCCUGGUCUUCUGUGCAAAGCCAUCCUCUCGUCGAUCAAUCCGGCAAAAACUUUAUACGGAAAGCAACGUUAUAGAGCGCCUGGUGACGUCUAGUGAACCGAGAGCAAGAUCGACGGCGAGGAAAUGUAUAUGUCAGUACGGUACGCGUCAGGUUUAUACACUCCAAUGGUGAAGCCGUGACAUGAAAGAUUUAUUACCCCAAAGAAUUUUAAGUGGUUGCUCAUAAUGCUGGAUGUACAAUAUGUGAAGAAUUCCUAGUGUCUGAACUCAUUGCAGAAUAACAGGUGAUAUGUACUGAAAUUAUCUAUCUUUAGGCUAUACUAGACGACGAGACUUGUGUACGUACGACCAUGUGCUGUAGUACGUGCCAUCAUCACAUUCAAACGUAGACGGAUCACCUUUUUUGUACUUUUUAUAAUGCAGUGUAAAUAUUCAGCCCCCACUUGUCAUCCCAUCUCAUGUUACUCAGUCUCAUAUUAUAUCUUAUUGAAAAGUCAUCGAAGGAUAUUGUUGGCAGGACCUGGGAUAUUGUUGGCAGGACCUGGGACAUUGUUGGCAGGAUCUGGGAUAUUGUUGGCAAGAUCUGGGAUAUUGUUGGCAGGACCUGGGAUAUUGUUGGCAGGACCUGGGAUAUUGUUGGCAAGAUCUGGGAUAUUGUUGGCAGGACCUGGGAUAUUGUUGGCGAGAUCUGGGAUAUUGUUGGCGAGAUCUGGGAUAUUGUUGGCAGGACCUGGGAUAGUGGGAAUAUAAGUCUUACCAUUAUAUUGAUUCCAGUACUUCUUUUAAAACCAAUCUUUAUAGUUUAAGUUUGUUGUCAGCAGUACUCUAGGGCUCUGUUGUCACCAGUACUCUAGGGCUCUGUUGUCACCAGUACUCUAGGGCUCUGUUGUC